UAGUAAAGGAGGUGGACCUGGGAAAGCGUCGGGACGGCCUCUGCCUCUGCCGAUCGUGCCCUUCCCCACUCAAAAGGACUCGGAAGGGCCACCGCGUCCUCCUCCUCUUCUUCUUCUUCUCCUCCUCCUCCUCCUCGUCCAGCGCCAACACCACAGCCGUUUUGCCAUCAUGACAGACCGGUCCACCUUCGACACCAAUGUGACCACUGUGACCCGGUUCGUGAUGGAGGGAGGCAGGAAAGCGCGGGGCACCGGAGAGCUCACUCAGCUGCUCAACUCGCUCUGCACGGCCGUCAAAGCCAUCUCCACCGCCGUGCGCAAGGCGGGCAUUGCCAACCUUUAUGGAAUUGCUGGUUCUACCAAUGUGACAGGGGACCAAGUAAAGAAGUUAGAUGUUCUUUCCAAUGACAUGGUGAUCAACAUGCUCAGAUCAUCAUUCUCCACUUGCCUCAUUGUGUCAGAAGAAAACAAAGAAGCAGUCAUAGUGGAAGAAGACAGACAGGGUAAAUAUAUUGUCUGCAUUGAUCCACUUGAUGGCUCUUCUAAUAUUGAUUGCCUUGUUUCUAUUGGAACCAUUUUUGGUAUCUAUAAAAAGGUUUCUCCUGGUGCUCCUUGUGAAAAGGAUGCUCUACAGCCCGGUCGCAAUCUGGUGGCAGCUGGUUAUGCCCUCUAUGGAAGUGCUACCAUGCUUGUCUUGGCCCUGGAAUCUGGCGUCAACUGUUUUAUGCUUGAUCCGGCAAUUGGUGAAUUCAUUUUGGUCAAUAGGGAUGUAAAAAUAAAGAAAAAGGGAAAUAUCUACAGUCUAAAUGAGGGAUAUGCAUCGUACUUUGAUCCUGCAGUCAAGGAAUAUCUUCAGAAGAAGAAAUUUCCCCAAGACGGUAGCUCUCCUUAUGGCAGCAGGUAUGUGGGUUCCAUGGUGGCUGAUGUGCAUCGGACUUUGGUGUAUGGAGGAAUCUUUUUAUACCCAGCCAAUUCAAAGAGCCCUAAGGGAAAGCUGAGAUUGCUGUAUGAGUGCAACCCCAUGGCUUUCAUCAUCGAAAAAGCUGGAGGGAUGGCAACCACAGGCAAGGAGGCGAUCUUGGACAUUAUGCCUGAAAACAUUCACGAGCGUGUGCCUGUUGUGCUGGGCUCUUCAGAUGAUGUGGAGGAAUACUUAGCCUUGGUCAAGAAACAUUCGGCCAAAUGAGGAACAGAAGACUGCCAAGAUCUCAAGAGAAACAUUGCUUGCCACUGGACCAAGCCCGUAUGUGGUGUGUUAUAGAUUCGGAAUGCCCCAAAAGUAAUGCAAUGUGAUUUUUCCAAGUGCUAUUAAAAAUUUUAUUUACUCAG